AUGCGCUUAGAAGAGCUCUUUGAAACUGUCAUGGCUGCCUCCUGCUCGUUCGUGUGCUGUGGCCAGGAGACGGAUUCCGACAAGGCCGUUAUUGUCCGCUUCUCGAAUGGCUGCGUCAAAAAUGCAGACAAGCUGGAUUUCGCCAUGUUCAAGAACGCAGAUGAGACUAACCCGAAGAAGAGGAGCAGGCGGAUGGUGGUUGCUGAAUCAGACAGGCUGUCUUAUGUUGGACAGAACUUUGGAGGAGCGUCUCUGAAAUGCAACAGUCUUUGCAAAUAUUAUGUCGGAGUGUUGAACAGACAGACCAUGGAGAUGGAAGUGCACCGAGCCGAGAUAUUCAACAUGAAACCUGUCAUUCCAGGAGAGAAGACGGAGACGGAGAAACCUCAAGACGCCACACAGUCCUACAGACACAAGGUUGACUCGUUGAUCGAAGCCUUUGGCACCAACAAACAAAAGCGAGCUCUGAGCUCCCGCAGACUCAACCAGGUGGGCAGCGACACCCUCCAGCACGCGGUGGCCAAAGCGGCCGGCACCGUGAUCGAGCAGAAGGGCCUGGAAGCUCUUCAACAGGAAGUGGCUGACACGGAGUCCCAGGGAGCUGUGGCCUCCCACCUGCCCCCCUGCGACCCAGAAGCAGACAAUCCAGAGGACGUCUACCCGUUCGACCUGCUCCUGACUCCAGUUGAGUUUGCUGCUUUGGAGGAGGCCGGCGCCAAGCUGGCGGCAUCCACCCCGGAGGAGCUACAGAAUCUAAAAGAUGGAGGGUGCCUGUGCGUGGCUAAAUACCUGGAGGACAUUGCGACCGCGGGCGAAGCCGCAGACCGAACGUCACGAUGCGCCUUUUACCUCCUCAUGCUCCUCAAGCUGGCACGGCAGAGGAGCGUCACCUUUAAGUUUGGGAAGGACGAGGGCUGCCCCCGCAUCAUCCAGACCAAACUGUUCAGGACGUUCACGGUCGAGACGUUCAACAACGGCAGGGUCCAGAACGUGGUGUCCACGUCGAUGCGGUCCAAACUGGCAGCGUACAGCCUGGCUCUGCUGCUGCACAUGGGCCGCAUGACGGUCGACCUCUCCCUACUGCACCGCGACCUCGGAAUCACCGAGGCCAAGAUGAUCGAGGUUGCCAAGUCAAUGGGGCUGGCGUUGAAGAAACCGGCCCGGAGCAAAGACAAAGAGGCCGUGGAGUUUGACGGCCACAAACAGGCGUCUCUCGUUCUGCCGCUGGUCAAAUACGAUCAGUUCGGCGAGAGACGAAAGCGGAAGAAAAUGCACUGA